AGGGUAAAACAGAGAGCCUGAACCUGAAGGCCCGCACCGCACCGCACCUUGGAAACUUUCCCUUUUCUCUCUCUUUUUCUUAACGCUGCACACAAAACUUGGCAACUACAAAUACAAACCCACCCUCUCCUUUUCUCUCUUUCACUCUCUCUCUAACCAACAACUGCUAAAACCACCUUUCUUACAUCUCUCUCUCUCCAUGACCAGAGAUCAAUGGGUAAAUACAUAAGGAAGGCCAAAACGACAUCCGAGGUUGCCGUCAUGGACCUCUCUUUCGGUGUCCGUACCCGCGCCAAAACCCUAGCUCUCCAGCGUCAGCGCCAGCGCCAGCGUCAACGCCAGCCUCCUCCUCCUCCUCCUCCUCAUCCGCCGUCUCCGCCAAGUUCCGCUGGUGGAUAUCUCCAGCUCCGUAGCCGCCGCCUUGUUAAAAAGCCGCCGAUUCUUGUACAUGUUUCUAAACGCCAAAAAGAUGGCCACAGCAGCAACAGCAAUAAAGUAGGUCUUAACCCUAAUAACAGUAAUAAUAACAACUCUAAUUCUAUUUCUUCUUCUAAGUCCGGUUCCAGAGUCCGAGUUAGCCCCGGGUCGGGUCCAAAGGAGGAGUUCGCUGGUAGUGGUAAUAGAGAAGAGGAGAUUGUAGAGAAAAACAAGUCUUGUGCCGAUGAUAAUAACAACAACAAUGAGAGUAAGGAUUUGGGUGUUGAAGAGGCUUCUUUUGGAGAAAAUGUGUUGGAUAUUGAAGGUAGAGAAAGGUUAUGUAUUGUCUUGUUUGCUUCUGUCCUGCUUCUGCACUUGAAAAUGUUGGAUGAAUUUUUUAGCACUAGGGAAUCAACUCCUUGCAGUUUGAUACGGGACCCAGAGAGCAUAAGAACCCCUGGUUCAACUACUAGACCCAGCUCAACUGAACCUAACCGGACCUCCAUGCGUAGGCACAUCCCAACAGCACAUGAAAUGGAUGAAUUCUUUACUGGAGCUGAAGAAGAGCAGCAGAAACGAUUUAUUGAGAAGUAUAACUUUGACCCUGUUAAUGACAAGCCACUUGCAGGACGAUAUGAAUGGGCAAAGUUGGAUCCUUAGAAGACAUUAAUGUUCCAUCAGAACUUCUUUUCCUGCAAUUUCUUGGUUGAUCUUGAGCUUAGGGUAUCUUCUGGAGUGGCAGGAAUUUAGUUUUAGUUCUUCUAAUGGUGAUGGUGUUAUUUCCAUUUUCCAUCACCUUUCUUUUACUUGUAAAGAAAGAAGUAGAAUUAUCAAAAUUGUGUAGACUAAUGGUCUGUAACAUAACAGGGGGUUAGAGUUACACAACAAAUACAAAUCAAAGUCCUUUGUCUAACAGAUCAUCUGGAGAGGGGAAGGGAAAGGGAAGGAUGGGGUCUAAGGUAGUGUUAGGGUUAGGGUUAGGCUGCAGUCAAUUAGGUCAGUCUUAUCUGGUACAGAAAUUUUCUAGAUUUCCUUUUUGUACUGUAUUUUCCUCCCCUUCUUUUGUCAAUACUUGUACUGAUGGAACUCUUUAUAAAGAACUCCUCGGAAUAAAGAUGACCCAUUUUCCUCU